AUGACCGCUGUGUCAGCCCAAGACGACAAUAAUCUUCCAGUUACACCCAGUGACUGCCAGCUCAAGAUUUAUGGAUGCACGAAAAUUGUACGUCCCAUGCUCAACGAUGUACGUUAUAUGUUUCCGACGUCACUCAGUGACGUAGAUACGAUGUGCAAGAUGUGGAGCCGAUUCGUUGACUGCGUAAGAAGAUAUAUGUCAUCUUGUUCUACUGAAGAUCAGCGUUCGAAAUUCAAUAAAGCUGUUGGACACUCUAUGGAUACAGUACACGCUAUCUGUAGCUCCGACCGACAUCAGAAAGAUUACUUGGAAAGCGCUCACUGCUUUCGUCGAGUGUCAGUACACAGUUGUGGUCGCUACUAUCGACCAUUAGUAGCGCAAGUUGCUAAUAGGGAGGCUGAAGACACACAUAUUUGCUGCGCCUAUGGACAGUUCAAAAGCUGCGUAAGUGCACCCUUGCUGAGAAAUUGCGGUCUCAAAGUCCAUGCUUUGUUGGAUCACUCACUGUCAUACCUAGUGAGCACUUGCAGUAGCACUUUCUAUCCGCUCUCUUACAAGUGCCCAACUGCUCCUCCUCCGUCUCCAGUGACCACCAUCAUCACUACGACGCCAAUGUCUCCUCCAUCCACGACGGAACUUCUGUCCUCCACGGACGACAAUUACAUCGACUCAUCCACUGACACUGCCAGCAAAGCCCGCACGAUCAUUUUCACCCUCCCUCCAUCGCAAGGCAGCAGGACUUCAACUGCCAGUGCAAGCCCUCAGAUUUAUGUCUGGUUUCUGCUGAUAACUCUGAUUGGAAAUUUCUGGUUCAUGUUCCGAACUUAA